AUGCUUUCAAACGAAUGCUCCCAGAAGUUUCAGGUUUGUUGCUCUCCAUGCAGAUCGAAUGAGGAAAGCCAGGAGGGCACGAAAAGCGCCACGGCGUCGUCGUCGUUUAUGAUGAAUUUCGAAAACUCAAAAUAAGCAAGCUACUGGCUGAAAUAAGGGAGGUAAGUAGUGAUUAGUGAGUUAGUCGUAGUCUGCAUGUGUCAAUUAGAGCAGUUGGUGUCCAAUUUCUUUGCAGGAUGAAAAGCUGACAAAGGACUUGCUUACUAAAGAUAGUAUAGUAGGGCCACCAUCUUUCAAAUACUUAUAAGAAACACUUAGUCCUCUCAGUUCUUCGCAAGACGAGGGUAUCAAGAGAACAAGACAAGGGUUUAGGGUUUAGGGUAACAUGCUAAUACAUACAUACAUACAUACAUACAUACAUACAUACAUACAUACCUACGUACAUACGCACGCACGCACAUACAUACACACACACAUACAUACAUACAUACUUAGUCUUAGUUCUUCGCAUGCACAUCUUCUACGAAGAGGAUGAUAACCCAUGAUCGCUCUAAUCUUCCCGGCGGUUCCCCUAGGGCAGCCUCCACAGCUACGUCCAGGCGGAACGGCUUUCAGAAGCCACUGAAUGGCUUACAAAUAGCAUCAUGGACGCUGGUGUUUGCCAACUUUUUGCUCUUUACAUUAAGACAAGAACUGUUAAGUAGUAACAUGUGAACCUAGGUGUAACACACAGUCACAGACAAGAAUCAAAACAGAUGAUCGUUCGUCUAUGCGGCUAGGCUAGUAAGUAGUUGCAUAGUCAAAGCAGCUAGAACAUGAAAACCCUAUCUGAACCAUUAUCUCUAUUAUCUUAACCUUUAGCCUCGUUUCGCCUGUAUCUGUGGGACUAGAAUAUUAGGGCUGUGGCUAGUAUCAUCCGCUUUCAUGAUCUGUAGCCUACCUAGAUGGAUAGGUAGGCUAUUCCUAGUAUCAUCCUUCUAAAGUAAAUAUGGAUCUUUCCACAAUGUUUUGCGGUGAGGCACAGUCGGAUAGGAGUCAAUCCCGCAGAUGGGGACAGCACAGAACAGAAUGCCGCAUCCAAAAGUGUCUUGCUUUUAAGGGAUUUGAGAUUUUUCUACUUUUACUUUUAUAGUAAUUGUAAUGAUAACAAACUGGCAUUGGGUAUCCGUAUCCGUUCAAGCAUAACCUGAGCUAACCAUUGCCAUUAGGUGUCGGUAUACAUCAUAGCUCUUGAAUGUAUUCCUGAUACGAAGUAAUCCCCUUGGGACUAGCUAAAUACCUGGAGGUAAUGGUUAUGUUAUCAAGGCCUUUGUUGUAAGGCGCCAGCCCUCGCUAUUAAGGAUAGAAGACUACUUAGGACUUCUACCUACUGGACGUAGACGAAGUAAAGCUGACUACCACCUAAAGUGACUACCAGAUAAAAACUCUCCGCGCUCUAAUACCUGUCAUCCUCGGCUGUCUCUAUUACGUGGCGCACUGGACGUUGUUUGUGUCCGCUUAUAUGGCUGAGGAGUGCGACCCAGUAGAUCCUCUGGUCGUGUCACAUGAUUGUUAUGAAACUGAAAGGUGCUUGAAAGUAGUUUUAGUUUUAGUGUCACAUGAUUGUUGUGAAAUAUGGUGCUGGAGUACUAGUGAGUCACUAUAAUUUAUAAUUUUGAUUGUCAUUUGGAGGAGCCAUUGAGUUCAUUUCGGUACGGAUUUCAUUCCCAAUGCCGUCGGUAAGACGUGGUAGAGGAAGAAGAUAGCAACAUAAAGUAAACACUAGUUGCACAACAUCAAGUUGUACAACAUCAGUUGUACAACAUCAAGAUCCACCCUACUCGUCUGCUCAUCCUGAGCCCAUCCUGGUGACAGCUAUAACAUCUGCAACAACGCAAGCGCGAUGGCGAGAUUUCAGCAGAAUGCUUGUUGGACAUUGGAGACCACGACACCAAAGCAGCUGGUCCGAAAGCAGCUGCUUUGUUGGCAGAAAGACUGUUGAGGAUAGGACUCAGGUAUUGUGUUGGGUCUUCGAAUUGUGUUGGAUUUCAUUUAACAUUCCUUUCGUUGGAUCAGAUGAAGUUUCGUUGAACGGUUCCAACAGGGUAACGACUUUGACUGUUGAACUCUCUAACGCUAGUAAAUUGAUUUGGAUAUCAUGACUACAACUUUGAGUACUUCUACAUACUUACUAUUACUAACUACUUACAUACUCAAUCGUCUUCAGGUCAUACCCACCCAGCCGUCCAGUGACUUUACGCUCAACGCCACUGCAUUGGCUGACAGAGCGUUUUGCUCAUACAUCAUGGUCUGCGCAAAGCUACAUAGCGACGAGCAUAAAAGACAUAUUUUCAGCCACAGCAGGACGAAGGUACGCCGUAGACCCAGCGCAGGACUCCUCGUCAACUCAAUUUAUGCUGAGGGAGUGGUAAGUAGCAGGGGUUUCUUAUAUUCAAUAUAUCAGUUAGCUCUAGGAGGUCUGGCGAAACAAGGUUUGCUUUUAUUGUCAAAAUGAAACCAGUAUUUUGUGACAUAAAAAUUUGGGCUAUGCUUAUUUCUUCUAAUCCACUCCUCCACUGUCCCGCUUGCCGCUGCAAGGUCAACUACACGUCCAAGCAUUGCGUAGAAUGUAAUAAAUGCGUGGUCCAUUUCGACCACCAUUGUGUCUGGCUCAACAACUGUGUCGGACAAAGCAAUUAUCAUUAUGGUUAUACGAGUUGUGAGAGUGAGCGUGGGAGUACGUCUAUCUUAGCCCUCAACGCCUUGCUCCUCUUCUCGUGCUCACAAUCAGGGACCACGACGGACAACUAAGCUCCCUUCUAUUUUCGGUAUUGCAGCUUCGUACUCAAUAUCAAGCUCGUAGUCGUUUUGUUAAGAAUCCUACUCAUACCAUGCUUAGAUGAGGUUCCAUCGCUUACAACCCUCAUUCGGAAUUAUAAUCCGGAUAACAAGAAAAACCCUUGUAAAGACUAAUUUGAUUAUGAUAUUAUCACAUAGAAAUAGAGAUAGAAAUAGAAAAAACUUUUAGAUUAGAAGCCAGAAAUAAAAAUAUUAUGAUUUUUAGAGACCUUCCACGAAAGGCACUGCAAACGCCUCAUGCUAGGCUCAUUAAUUCCUUCACUGAUACAUCUUCUCUGUUCUAAUGCCACUAUUUCCUUACGUGUAUUAGCGCAGCCGUGUCCAGCUGUCUCUUCAUCUCCAUAGUUACAGCGGUCAUGCUGACCGACUAUUUCGCAGUGGUGCACGCUGACCACGGUGAUGAUUCAGUUUCCUCUUCAGGGGACGAAUAUUAUCACCAUAUCCUUCGGAAUCCAAGUUUUAGCGAGACGCUGUGGGAUUGCGGGUUGCAAGGUACUCUGUGUACAUAGAUACAACAACAUAGAUACAUAAUUAUUAGAGAUAGAACAAAGCUAGACCACCUAGUUGUACGUGGCUACUACUUUACGACUACGAGGUCUAGUAGUACCACACACCAGGUUACACUGCCACAACGCGACGCACUUUCUGCACUGUUCAAGCUGGAGUAAGUAUAGCGCUGGUGACGGUGAAUAGCAUCUUCUGCUUCUUAAAUAGUCAGCUGCUUUUCUUAAGGCUAGUUUAUCACCAUGAUCCCAUGUGGGCCGACUAUGCUGAGUGGAGCCCCCCUUUUUGUUUGUUAGGGGGAAACAGAAAGAACAAGAAUAAGGGAGAACAAAAAGGUCAACUCAGACACUCAACCAGGGAUUAUAGUGUGGGACUACCUCUAAUUUUCCUGCAUGCCUACCUGAACUGGAACAAUCUGACGACAUACGAGUACAUCAUGAUAAAGCUCGCGGACGAACAGGAUAAGGAUUAUGAACGGAUAAAACUAGCUACUGGCAGUCCUAGAAGUACUUCUAAGUAGCUUCGAACAUGCACAGACCUGUUCUUCCAUGCACAGACCUGACCCCUGAACCCCUAAACCCUUUCAUACACAGAAGAAGAAGCAAGCAAAGGAGGAAGACACUUCUAGGAACUCUGGGACAAAAGACGUACAGUUGAAGAGCGGACGGCGAUUGUCAGUGGCUAGGGGGUUUAGGGCAUUACCAGCUGUGUUUGACUGGUUCCUUUUUCGGAAGCCGAAAACACGUGUCCGUUCAGUCGCAGACGGCGAAGGCAAAAGUAAAGAUGAAGGAGGUAAGGAUAGAGACUCUAAUUCUAAUUGUAGUUCUACAGCUAGGAACUUUCGUUGGUCAUAGGGGUUGGUCACUGAAAUCGAAGAGGGCCUCCUUGAGAGAACAGGGGAAAACGAAGGGAAAGGGGAGAGCCCUGGAGGGGGUCUCUUCCGUUCAGAGUCAUGAUGACCAAGGAAUGCUGGGCUUUAAUAUUAGGAGUAAAGAAAAAGAUAAGAACAAAAGUGACCAUACGAUUAGUACCAUAGGAAUGAAGAAAGAGGAUCCCUCAUCAUCAACAUCGACGCUUGUAGAGGGAGGAGGAGAAAGAGGACGAGGAGGUGACCCAAAGACGAAAAAGCCCUGUAGUAGUAGCAGCGGCGACGUAGCAAGCAUAGGUGAAGUAGUAAACCUCGAAAAGAGUGCUGCAUACUAUUAUGGAUCCUUUUUACCGCUUUGUAGCGUCGUCGCAGUUUCUUCUUAGAUAACUUCUGAAGCAACUACUACGACUACUAACUUAGACUCGAGCAAAAAGUAAACCUCUUCAAGAACCUGUUUAACAUCGCAUGUGAAACCCCGAGAACAAUAAAAGCCCGUCGAUCUUCCUCUAAUCCGACCACACAACUACUACAGGCCAAGUUAUUACAUCUUCUGCAGCAGCGAGUGGUAGUGGAUCUUCCAAUGUCUUUUUCGUGAAAACGUUCCCUCAGACGAGGCAAGAAGAAGAGAGCACCCAACUUGAGGGCCAACAUGCAGAUUUCAGGCCGUCACCCACCUCAUCUGAUGACGAACUACUUCCUCCCAGUACUAUUACUGUGACUGGUAGUAGAAGUAAGCAGGAUUCUGGAGGUGGUCCUAGUGCUGGUGGUGGGAGUGGUACUAGCGCUGGUGGUGAGAGUGGUACUAGUGCUGGUGGUGGGAGUGGUGGGCGAGGUGCUUACCCAACUGGUAGAACUAUUACUGGUGGUCAUGUUGGCAGUACUAGUGUUCUUAAGCCGGGCGCUGGUGCUAGUGGCGGGCUAAGCAUAACCAGUAUCAGCAACAGCAGAGGGGAACGAGGUGAGCAAGGACCUCCACUGCCGUCUUCAGCUCAGGAUGAAAAUCCCCAAGCCUCUGGGUCUGGCGCGAACAUGCCAAUACAUUCACCGCUGAUUCAAGGCACUUCUAUUAAGGUUAGAUUACCACGAUCCCACUGAGGGGAGUACGCUGAGUGGAGUCCCCCUCUAUUUAGCUACUUUACCACGAUCCCAUGUGGAGUACGCUGAGUGGAGUCCGCCUUGAUUUAGCUACUAUACCACGAUCCCAAGUGGAGUACGCUGAGUGGAGUUCGCCUUGAUUUUAAUAAAAGGCGAACUAAGGAGAACACAGGGCAUCUCACUCAACCAAGGAUAGUGAAAAACUAGCGCUAAACCUAGUAGAAGCAGCGCUGGCGGGACCCCUAUAGCAGUGUUUGAAACAAUAGGUCUUAAAUAUUGCGGACCAGCCGAUCGUGAGGAGAGGUCCAGUGACUACAGAUCGGGCAUGAUGCCUUCAGGAGUGUUACGGAUGGCAAUACUCGUAGUAGUUUUUACUUGUUUAACAGUUCUUGUGUAAUCCUAUGUUAGGUGCUACUGUACAGCAGUUCAGCUGUGCCAAAAGUUACCAAAAGUGAACAUCCUAGAAAAUAGGUCUGCUAUCAUUGCUUGUAUUUCCCGGCUCUUAUCUCUCGCUUACUAGUUUUUACUUUGACCAAUUAAAAGGCCUAAGCAAAUGGGUCGUUGUAGCGAAGUACUUUAUCUCACGUACUUGAUCAACAAGAAUGGUGUUGCACAGCCUCUACUCAAUCGCAAUCUUUCUUCUACCUCGUUACGUUCUUCUAACAAUCGGCGCAACGACAUCAAUCGCCAGCAGUGCUAUAGAACGGAAUAGCACAGUUCGCGGCGAUCCCGAUGCAAGUCCUGUGGAGUCCAGCGGAUCGGGCCUAUCCGUAGAUGUAGGAGAGGUCAACCUAUUGGCUAAGACAAAGUCGUUUACGACUGGUGGGGGACGUUAG